AUGGAAAAUUCACCCUUUAGAGCACAGUCAGGAGACCGCAAACCACAGACGUACACCCCAGUUAAUUUAAAGCUGGUUUUUGAUAUGGUAAAAGCUGGAGAACCUUUUAAGCUUAACAAUGAGCCAAUUGAUGUUAUUGAGCUCGUAUGCAGGGUCUCAGGAUAUAGAGAGUCCCAAAACACUAUUUCCCUUGAUCUCCAAGAUGACAACGGAGCCAUAAAAGGUGUAAUCUACCGAAAAGGCGAUGGCAGCCUACCCAAAGCAUUAAGAAACUACACUUUUUCAGCUAAUGGCUAUGCCCACAUCAUCGGAAAUCUUCGGAAAUUCAAUGACAAUGUACAAGUUGUAAUUCAGCAAAUUGAAAAUAUUACGAACUAUGAAAGUGUCCACUAUCAUAAAUGCAAAGUUCUUUGGAGCUUUUUAAUUAGAAAUGGAAGCCUGCAUGUCCCAACCCAGCCAUCCCAGCAAAGUCAAAAUAUUUUAACUGAAUCUUCAAAGAAAUUCGUCAGUCCUGAAAAUACAGAAAGUAACGAAAUGUCAUAUUUAACUUUGGAACAAAGAGAAAUAAUGAAAGCAGUUGGCACAGCUUCAAGAGAAAAAGGAGGAAUUGCUAGAUAUGCAAUCGCUGGAAUUGUAGGAAGCAAAGUUAAAGACAUAGAUAGAGUGCUUAGUGAGUUGUUCAAUUAUGGAUACAUUAGCCAAACUGAUGAUGGUGCUUAUUUUAUAGUGAAUAAUUCUUAA